AUGCAGAUCGACCCGGCGGCCCUGAGUCGGACAGACGCUGCGUCCAACUCAGGGGCCGCUUCCAAAAGCACCGCGACCAGUGCUGCAGCGACACAGAAAUCCUCCAGAGCCCUGAUCUCCGUGCCGCGACUGGACCUGGAACAUGCCUACACGGACCUCAAAGCCGCUGUCGGGGGCAAGUGGGCCGAGUACAAGGAGGCCACCGCUCUCUUCUUACUAGGACAUUUGAACCAAAACGAGUUCUCGGCGCGAGUCGACUACAUCAUUUGCGCCGAUACGAAAACCGAGCACCUCCAUAAUAAUUUCGUCUGCGCGCUUAUCGGGAACCUCACGCGAGACCUCCCCGACCAUGGCGUGGCGAGCUGGGUAUCCGCGAACGAUAAGCCCUCGGUGGUCUCCAAACCCAUCUCGGGAGAUGCCGCAGAACAGAGAUUGAAGACGGAGGUUAUGCAACUGCCUCCGAGGGAUCGUCGGCGCAUCAAAGGCGUCGCAGAGCGCGACCCCAACGAAGCGACGCCUAACGAACUGGAGGAAUAUUACCAGGCGAAGCAGAUCAAAUUGCCUAGUCAAGUUCCCGCAAGUGCAGGUGGUUUGAACAAGACAAACUGGGAACUAGAGAUUCGGAAACGUUACGCACAACCCCUUGGCGCCGAAACGGGCGAGUUCCCCGAUGCAGAAUCGAUUCACGCGCGCAUGGUCCCCAUUUGCUACGAAGAAUCCCUUCCCAGUGGUGCGGGACUUCCGUGCGCAGAAUUCAUGGCAAUUGCGACGGAAACCUUCGUCAAAGAAGUCCUGUCCGCUGUCUUCUCGCGCACUCGGUCGAAUGGUCCGUCGGGUACUAUCAACGGCAUGAUGAUGCGGAAAUACCGGCAACAACUCGAACUUGAAGAGCUUGCCUACACCCGCGGUGAAAUCAGCAAGGAUGGCGCAACCGGUCUUCUUCCGAUUGAAGCCAAAGAGGCCAGCACUCGGAGACCAUUAGGAGUUAGAGACCUUCGAUUGGCACUCGAGCUCGGCAGCAGUGUCCUCGGCCACAUGCCUCUGAUCAUGGACCAGAUCAUGGGCGGUUAUCUCGACGACGAGUACGAAACUCCAGAUCGUCUGGAGAACGGUGUUGAGCCUCAUGACGAGGUCAAGCCCCCAGUUGACGCAAUGGAUAUCGACGAGGAGGAGGACGACUUGUCUGACUGGGAGGGAGGCGCUGCUGCUGACCGGGAGCAGUUGAGCUCUCUCCUCGACGAAUGUUUAUCCAUGGCUGCAUGA